AUGGCUGGGCCUGAGGCAUGUCUUAACUUCGGUUUAUCGAGUGUGGGAGCUCUGAAACGAGCUUUUCCCUUUGUUACCAACACGUACGAGCUAUCCUAUUUCGAUUCAAGCACUUACCAUAUUAUUGAAGUAUUUUGCUUUGAGGAGUGGGAGUCUAGUUGCUCUGCUUAUGAUAUAAGGUUGGCAUCUAUUACUAUCCGACUUUUUCUUUCAGUUGACAUGCUUGAGGAAGCUGAACUUGUUUUAGUUAUGCAAUAUUAUGAAGAGAAGAAAAGGUCCCAUAUCGAAAAGGAAGCAGCGGUUUCUGAGAUCAAUGACUGGAGCCCUUCGAAUCUUGAAACUUUGACGAUAACUUUAUAUGUAGCUGCUGCUGGUAAAGUGGCUCCUGACAUGCGUCAACGGUUGGAGGACGAUGGUUAUUGAACUAAAGCCAGGACCUUCAGGAUUUGCUUGUAAAUGUUUGGCCCGAGUAAUGUUGUAAUAUGAAGCUGUUCCUGUUGGGAGAUCAUUCUUAGAGUUUAUAGAGCACGUCAAAAAAGUCUGUACAUACAUGUUAGACAUUAUUUAGAGUUUAAAAAUUUAAGU